CAAUUUUCUCUUCAUUCAUACAAGUCACAAAGCCUCUUGAUCCGGUGAAAGAAACAAAAUUCUCAUCUUCAAGUCAUGGCCAUCUUUAAGGCGCUCCUUGCUUCAAUCCUCAUUUCUCUGGUCAUUGUGAAUCUGGUGGAAUCAGAUACAAUGUAUCAGGUAAUCAAGAACACGGUAGAGGGAUCAAGUCCUAGCCCUUCCCCGCCAACGAUCGAUUGUGAUGUUGAAUGUAAUCGGAGGUGUCAAUUAUCAUCAAGACCAAAUUUGUGCAAGAGAGCAUGUGGGACGUGCUGUCAGCGGUGCAAUUGUGUGCCUUCGGGUACCUAUGGUCAUUAUGAAGAGUGUUCAUGCUAUGCAAAUAUGACCACCCACGGUGGAAAACAUAAAUGUCCAUAAUUAAUUAUAUCCAUUCAUUGACUCUUGUCUUUUAAUAUAUGAAUUCAAACGCGCGUAAUAACUAGCUUGGGUGUUUUAUGUAUCCAUCUUAGAUGGCACAUGAUUAAUUAUUAAUAAAGUGAAAUUUCUCACCUUA